UUGAAGACUACCGUUCCUUUUAAUCUUCUCUUUUUCGUUUUUGGUUCUCUUCGGAUCUCACUUACAUUUUCCGCUUAUGGGUUUGCCGAUUUGAUCGGAUUUGUGUUCUGGGGUUUUAGCGUUGUUACCUGUACCGUGUUGUUGGAAAAAGUUCUGCUUGCGUCUCUGGGCCAAAUCCAAGUUCCGUUUAUCCGAUUUUCUUCUGGGUUUCUCUGAUCGUUGUAGUUGGGAGAGGAGAAUGGCGGAAGAGACGAGCCUCGCUUCGCUGAUGGAGAGGCUGAAAGUGGAGGAGCCAUGGCUUCCACCGCGAACUUGGGAAUCCAUACCAUCUGAGAGCGGACGAUUUCCGCCUCCUCCUCAUCCUUCCGCUUCUCCGUCGUCUUCCUCUGUUUCUGAAUCAAGCUUGGUCAGGUUAGCAUUGAAUGCACUACAAGGUGUAGAGUCAGCUCUCAUUAGCAUUGAAAAGCUCUCUUCUGCCUUCUGCUCUGAGCCAGCUGACAGGACUUUCCACAAGAUUCCAAGCCUUUGGCAUCGAUCAUCAAGCACCAAUGCACUUGGCCACAUUCUUACGACCAUAGGCUGCUUUGGUUCCUCGGUUUUCCUUCUCCAUAAGUUUGUAGAUCAUUUCACAAGCAUGAAAUUGGGCGUGGAAACGGUAGUUUGCGGACAGGAGAAGGAUAAGGUAGAAGAAAAUCAGGACUUCCCUGCUGGUAAAGCCAAUUCUCUGAGCUGCUCUUCAUACACUCUAGUGAAUCAGGCUUUUGCUAUUGCCGUGAGAAAGGUCCUUGAAGGCUAUAUCUCUGGACUGAAUACAUUAUGUGCAUCAGUAGAAUUUAGAUGUUCAUCUAACAUUUUGGACGCAUCCAUUCAUAACUCCUCUGGGUUGGGCUGCCUUACAAAUGUAGUCCAGUCUAAGAUGACAUUACUGGAAGUUUUCUUACAUACGAGAGAGUUAAGGACCCAGAUUGAAGCUCUUGCAAAUAUUUGUGAUGUAUAUGAUGUUUCACUCUCGUACUGUGAUGCUCCUUGGGAAAAUCUGACUGCUGAAGCAAGCUCGCGAUUUCAUAAGUUCUUCAUGGGAGGCGACCUUCUUAGUUACCUGUAUUCUCAGCUAAAGGUUGCUGAUCCUGCUCACAGUGCCAUGCUUAAGUUUUUGUUUCUCAAAACAUGUGAACCUUAUUGUGGAUUCAUUAGAUCGUGGAUAUUUGAAGCCCAAGUUAGUGACCCUCACAAGGAGUUUAUAGUGGAGUGUACCGAUGAAUUGCAACCUUUUUGGUGGAGUGAGCCUGGCAUCUCUCCCUUGAUUACAGUUAGGGAGCGUGGAGUAGUUGUUCCCUGUUUCUUGGAGGGCUUCUUGGUCCCAUUGGUGAGGGCUGGUCAGCAGCUCCAAGUAAUCACAAAGCUGCUUGAAUUGUGUAAUUUUUCUGCAUCCAGAGAAGAUAAUUAUGCGGAUCUUCUUCCCCAUUGGACUUGUUAUUCUAUCACUAGUCCACCUCAUGCAUCUCCAAUAACUUUCAGCAAAAUGCAUAUAGAAGCAACAGUACAGGCAAGAGACAAUUACUAUAGAAGGAUGCAGGAUAAACUUGGAUAUCUUACCAAAACGUUAGAACUCUUCUCCGAGCAGGUCGCUGGAGCAGGUUCAUUACCAAUAUUCUAUAGAGAUGGUCAAGAAAAUCUAAACAGUUUGGGUUCCAUCACUCUGGAUGAGAGUUUAUUGAUUCCUUCAGUAGCUGAAAGGGAUUCAACCAUGGACCAGUAUGAUUUGGAUUCUGAUGAUCAGAGUACAGAAGACAGAUCUUUUCCAGAGACAGAUACAACUUGGUCAUCUGAAUGUUCAUCGACAGGGGAUUCCGAGGAAGCAACUGAAACUGAACUCCAUGUUUCACACAGUACUUUAUCCAAGCAAAAUCAUUUAUCAGCUGUACGUUUCUCUAUUGCUUCUGCUGACAGUUCUUGCAAAGAGGUGGUUCAUCAACUUGAUAAACCAUGCAAUAUCGACAAUAAUUUUACGAGCCAAUGCAUAAAAACAGCCUUGCAUGGUCAAUGUAUGGAUCCUAAGUCAGAAGCUUCAACUGGAUUAUGCAUGGAUACUAAAUAUAGGGGCCCUCUUCCUAUCAAGUCUUGGCCACUUGGUGUGUUACCUAAAAAUCCCUUUUAUAUUGAUAAGGAGUACACAGAUUCUGACAGAGAACAUCCAUCUGAUUCUGGAGCCCAUAUGGGAGAAGAAAAGAGGGUAAUAAAUACUGGUAAAAGCAUGCCAUUAUUCAACAUCUCUGCUGGUGGUAAAUCUAAAGAGCAGGAAAGAUGGCAGGGCUGGGCUGGAAACAGUUCCUCACCAAAGUUGUCUUUGUUCAAUGAUCCAAAGAUCAAUUGCCUGUCCAAUGUUCUCAGUAUUAAUCCCGUGCUGGUGAAAUGUGACCUUUUUAGCCCAGUUAGCAAGCAUGGAGAGGCACACAGGGGGCACCAAGGAAAAUCAUUGCCUUGCUUUGAUUUUUCUGUGGUGGACGAUCCAUCUAAAGCAUGUCUUACGAAGCUGUCUGUAGGCCCCCGCGUUGGUUUCCAUCAGGAAUCCAAUAUUUCUUUGAAUAGUAGUAGGAACCAUAACCAUGCCAACAAAAAAUGUGACACAGAUAGGAUCAAUGUUGAAGAUCCUAAAGUUUCCUACAGUCAUCUACCUUCAGGUUUUAAGGGUGGUGCUGAGGAAGAUAAAGCAAAUGCUUUUGGUGGAAGUAGAUGGGAAAGUUUGCUUGGUCUAUCAAAGUACCCUGAAGCUAGUGCAAUAAGUGAUUGCAGGCAGAACUCAUUUGGCACAUUUGAGCUGCCGCUUGAUUUUGUCAUAGACAAAUGUCUACUGCAGGAAAUAAUUCUUCAAUAUAACUUUGUGAGUAAGUUCGCUAUCAAGUUGCUGGAAGGAUUUGGCUUGCAAGAACAUCUGCUCGCACUACGCCGUUAUCAUUUUAUGGAGUUAGCUGAUUGGGCAGAUCAAUUCUUAAUCUCCCUUUGGCAUCAUAAAUGGCUCGUUACUGAGGCAGAUAAGAGAAUUGCUGAAAUUCAAGGUUUUCUAGAGUUAUCAAUUCAGAGAUCAUCAUGUGAGCAAGACCCUUGUAAAGACAGGUUAUUUCUCUACAUGAAAAAGCAAGACACAAUGCAUCUCGCAUCAUCAGUUGUAGGAGUUCGUUCCUUUGAUUUCUUAGGGUUGGGCUAUCGAAUGGACUGGCCAGUCAGUAUUGUUUUGACCUGUGACGCGCUGAAAGCAUAUGCUGAUGUAUUUAGUUUUCUGGUUCAAGUGAAGCUUGCAGCUUAUGCAUUGACCGAUAUCUGGUGUUCAGUGAAGGACAUGAGACAUAGGUUGCAUCAGAACCAACAGGAGAUAACUAACAAAGAACUCUGGUGGUUAAACAUAUUGAUGAAGUUGAGGCAUCAGGUCAAUCAUUUUGUGUCAACAUUACAGCAAUAUGUACAGUCAGAACUGUCUCAUGUAUCAUGGUCCAAGUUCCUUCAUUCCCUCAGGCAUAAGGUCAAGGACAUGAUGGAUCUCGAGCUUGUUCAUAUGACUUACCUAAAUGAAGCUCUACACAUAUGUUUCCUCUCUGAUGAAACUACGGCCAUAUCUAGCAUCAUAGAGAAUAUUCUACAAUGUGCUCUGGAUUUCCGGUCUUGUCUUCCGAGAGGCAUUCCACACACAGGUCAAGAACAAAGCAAUCCACGGUCAAACACACUAGGGAUAAACACAUCUCAGGUGACGACCCUAAAGCAGAAUUUUGACAAACAUUUGAAGGAACUGCAUUCUUGCUAUCUGAGGUCACCUAAACACAGGAAUGUCGGGCUUUCUCGCUUCUGGGGCUACCUUAAUUUCAACCAAUAUUACUCAGAAGUGUUCACUGGGGCAAACACUUUCACUUUUAUCUGUUAAAAUGCCAGUGCUGAUUGUGAAGAUUAUCGAUACCCCAGCCUCGGGGCCUAGCCUGAGUCCCGACCCGAGCACUGAGCUCGUCUUCGGCGACAUGGUAAGCAUGUCUGAUUAACGUCUUCGUGUGUGAAAUGUUGCUGUUAGUGUGUGUAGUUCAUCUUUCCUCGUGUCCGUACCAGUUUAGAUAAGUGGCAAUAUGUUCAUUUCUCUCCCACUAAAAUAUAUAUUGCAUAGUCGGAAUUAUCAA